AUGUUAUUAAUCGAUUUCCCUUUGGAUAUCAUAUUACACAUACUCGACCUUUUAACGUUCGAAGAUCUCGUCGCUUUAUCUCAAGCGGACAAAGGACAUUACUCUAUAAUACAAGAACAUGGCUAUAAAUUAUAUUACAUCAAACAAAAAUGGAAAAUACUUACAAAAAGCAUUUUAUCAUCAGACUGGCGCACUAAAGUAAAAUAUGGGCUCAGAACUCUCAGCAAUUGGGAGAAUAAAAGAUUCUCAACUGAUGUAAUAGCACGGCAACGACAGUCCUACAUACCAAGUCUUCGGUUUGACACUGAAAGGCUCGUCUGCACUGUAGGUGGAGACCUGGACAUAAGAUACUUUGAUUCAAAUGACAGAACAAAAUUUGAUCAUUGUAGAUUCUUUCCUGCGCAUGCCGGUGACAUAGUGGAUAUUCAUCUAUCCAGCAAUGGAGAGUUAUUCACUUCGUCAACCGAUACGACCAUAAAACGAUGGUUUCUUGACGGACAAGAGACCUCUUCUAUUCCCAAAUCAAUGACUUACGAAGGACAUGACCACUGCGUGCAAUCGAUAUAUCAAUUCAACCAUCACCCGCGGACAUUGUACUCUGCUGGCGUAGAUGGAAAUAUGUAUGUUUGGGACACUGAGACAUCUGAGGUCUUGACGAGUCUGCGGUUACCAGGAAGGCCGCGGGUAAUGAGAGGUAUAUCGAACGAUAUAAUUGCAAUAGGGAACCGAAGUGAAGAACACUUGUCCUUGUACAAAGUGACACCAAGUGGGUUAGUGCAUUUGGACAACAAGGAAUUGAAUCACAAAAGCACCGUUUAUGCGUUAGCUUCGAAUGAACAUCUCGCACAUACGUUUGUCACGGGUACUUUUGAUGGUUCUACAGCAUUGUUUGAUACUAGAAGCAUGGAGCGCGUGGCUUCAUAUAGCGAUAGAAUUGAUGCUUGCUCAGUAUACUCAGUCGACUACGACAACUAUCAUAUAGUUUCCGGCACCGCAAUGCACGGAAUGAUUUGUCUCUGGGAUAUUCGCCACGCCAAUAAUUUCACAAACUCUCCAAAUCCAGGCUCUCUCAAACGCAAACGAGUGGCCGAUGGCUGGACCGUCUAUCUCGGACGCAACCAGAGCUCCUCACCUAUCUAUUCUCUUCAACUUGAUCAUUCUAAAAUAUAUGUUGCUUUGGCAAAUCAAACGUGGAUAAUGAACUUUGGUGGGAAGACUUCCGAGAGUAAACGCAUCGAAAGGAUAAAACAUAUUACCGGACGUGUGAAUAGGAGAAGUUGGCGUAAUAGAGGUGUAAUGGCUGGAACUAAUGCAACGAAAAUGAAGGAAUCGACUCUGUUUUAUCUACACGAUAAUUGGUCUGAACUAUAUGAAUUGUAG